AUGCAUUUCCAAUUGAGCUCCGUUCUUUCAAUUGCUUCCGCUGCAGCUGCAGUUGCAAGCCCAACAUGGCAAGACGCUUCAUGGGAUCAGGCGCUCGCUCGUAGAGGUCACCCAAAGCACACAUCAUCAAGGCCAAACGUGCAAUGCCACCCCAAGAGUCCACAUACACCUGCACCUUCUCCGCCAGCCAGAACUAAGACAUGCUAUGUCAAGAGUUCCGGCAAUGGAACAGAUGACUCUCCAGCCAUUCUGAGCGCACUUCACGAGUGUAACAACGGCGGUCAUGUAGUUUUCAGUGAAGGUGUGACAUACUUGAUCGGCACAGCAAUGGACUGGACUUUCCUUAAGCACAUUGAUCUCGACAUUCAGGGUGAAAUUCUCUUCUCAGACGAUACGGAUUAUUGGCAAGCCAAUGCCUUCCCAUUCGUCUUUCAAAAUGUCACCUCAUUCUUCAAGCUUGGAGGAGAGGACGUCUUCAUGUAUGGUGGUGGUACCCUCAAUGGAAAUGGCCAAGUCUGGUACGAUCUUUACGCCACAGACAUCUACACACUCAGACCAGUCCUUAUCGGAAUUGAUGGACUCAAGGACUCUAUCUUGAGCGAUUUGGUUCUACGUUAUUCACCAGAGUACUACAACUUCAUUGCAAAUUCAAGCAAUGUUGUAUACAACAAUAUCAACAUUGCCGGUGGAAGCACGAGCAAUAACCCUGCAAAGAACACUGAUGGAUGGGAUACAUACAGAAGUGAUAACAUUGUUAUCCAGAACUCUGUCAUCAACAAUGGAGAUGAUUGCGUUUCUUUCAAGCCCAACAGCACCAACAUCUUAGUUCAAAACCUUUUCUGCAAUGGUUCUCACGGAAUCUCCGUUGGAUCCCUCGGUCAAUAUCCUGGAGAAUUUGAUAUCGUCGAGAACGUAUACGUCUACAACACCUCAUUACACAAUGCCACCGACGGUGCACGUAUCAAGGUUUGGCCAAACACCGCAUCGGCUCUCAGUGGUGAUCUCCAAGGAGGCGGAGGAUCUGGCAGAGUAAACAACAUCACUUACGACACAAUGUACAUCGAUAACGUUGAUUAUGCCAUCGAGGUCGACCAAUGCUACGGUCAAAAGAACUUAACCCUCUGUCUCGAAUUCCCCUCUCCUCUCACCAUCACCGAUAUCAUUUUCAGAAACUUCACCGGCAAAACUAGCACUAAAUACCAACCACAGAUUGGUACAUUUGCUUGUUCGAGCGAUACAGUUUGUAACAAUAUUGUCGCGAGUGGCAUCGACGUCUUGAGUCCUACAGGUGUAGAUGAGGCUUAUUGUCUCAAUGUUAACGAGACCGCAUUGGAUGUUACUUGUACUACAGAUUUCUUGGGGUUUAAUUAG